ACAGUUUACCGGAGAUCAGAACUAUUUCUAGGUGUUCUCCAUUGGUGAAGCGUCUUCAUUAGUCAAAAAGCGUGGGCGGGACUCUUGCUCUCUGCAGCGAGUCAAAGAGAAAGGCAAUAAAGGGAGGCAGGAUCUGCACUUUGCCGACGAGCAUCUCUGCCGUCCUGCUUCACUACAGUGAUCACUGCCCCCUGAUCUGCGAAAAAUACACAGGGACUCCUCAGAAAAAGGCAAGAGUUCAUCAAUGUAACUCCGGUCAGUCAGAAACUGCGCCGUUCACCUGGAUAAGUCCACCUUGACGAGAGAAGAGAUAAAGACAGAAUAAAAAGAGUCAAGCGCGAGUGGAGUGUUGACGUAGAAUUGCGAAGGAAAAGAGAAGAAUAUGAUUGUCAAGCAGUACUUGAUGUUCAUCCUUUACAGCCUCUGUGCAAGCGUCUUUAAAGUGGCUGGGACAAAAAGCAAAGCGAAAGGUAUCCAGGGUCAGUACCCCAUAACUCAGAAUGUGACGGUGGUGGAGGGGGCCACAGCCAACAUGACCUGUCGUGUGGAUUACAAUGAUAACACUUCCCUCCAGUGGUCAAACCCUGCACAACAAACUCUCUUCUUUGGGGACAAAAAAGCUCUGAGGGAUCACAGAAUUGAACUAGUUCGAGCCUCAUCGCAGGAGCUCACCAUCCGAAUCAAUGACGUCAGCCUGUCAGACGAGGGACUGUACACUUGCUCGCUCUUCACGAUGCCUGUCAGGACCACCAAGGCCUUUCUCACUGUUCUGGGAGUGCCAGGACGACCAGAGAUCACAGGCUUUACCAAGCCAGCAAUGGAGGGGGACGUAGUCACUCUCACGUGCACCACAUCAGGCAGCAAACCAGCUGCUACCAUCCGAUGGUUCCGAAAUGACAAGGAGGUCCAAGGCACUAAGGAGGUGAACGCUACAGGAAAGUCAUUCACAGUGAGGAGUAGCCUUCAGUUCCAGGUGGACAAGCGGGAUGACGGCGUUGCCUACACCUGCAGUGUGGAGCAUGUGUCUUUGUCCAAACCCUACAUGACAACCGAGGUCCUGGAGGUUCACUAUGCUCCCCAUCUGGAGAUCACACAUUCACUCAUCAUCCCACAGGAAGGCCAAUACUUCAAACUGGAGUGUGUUUCCAUAGGCAACCCAAUACCUGAGCCAGUGGAAUGGUCUAAAGAUGGAGGAGAGCUGCCAGACAUUGAGCGUAUGAUUGUGGAGGGAAGGGAACUUACCAUCACUACGCUAAACAAGACAGACAAUGGCACAUAUCGGUGUGAGGCCAGCAACCAUCUGGGGUCCAGUAGUGCUGAAUACAUACUGUUUGUAUAUGCCAAAGACUUUCCAGGGCCUACAACAGAUCCUAAUGCUUUAGGACAGCAUGGACCUGACCACGCUUUAAUCGGCGGAGUUGUUGCAGUCGUGGUCUUCAUCACCUUGUGUUUGAUAAUAGUCCUUGGACGAUAUCUGGCCAGACAUAAAGGGACAUAUCUAACACACGAGGCCAAAGGAGCAGAGGACGCCCCUGACGCUGACACAGCUAUCAUCAAUGCUGAGGGAAACCAUGUGCAUGCAGAAGAAAAGAAAGAGUACUUUAUUUAGACUUCUUUUUCCUCACUUCUUUCAUUUCAUGACAACCUUUGACAGCAGAUGUGCAAUUUUAAGCUGUCUCAGCCUCACUGCAUUGUCUUUUUUAAUUUAUUGUUCUGUCUUUUUUAGAAACCAAUCAUGCUUAGAUAUGCUUGUUUUCGAAGCAUUCACUAACAAAAUAGCCUUCAUCUUUUGUAAUAUAAUCCAUGUACAAUUGGAUUAUGUCCUUUUCAGUUGUUCUGUGCCUAAAUGCUGUACAUUCUUCUGCAUUUCUUUCAUUGCCUGCAUUUUUCUCUACUCUUUCUUACGUUACCUGUUAUACAACCUUUUGCAGAUUUUUAAAAUUCAGAAGCAACAACAAUAAUGUUGUGCUCCAACUCAACUCUCAGUAUUUGAAAAGAUUUUUCUGUAGGAGCAAAAUAUGUUAAAUACAUCAGUUUUUAAGGAUUACAUGAUUGGCUUGGAUGUUUCGCGGAGCUAACCCUCCUCAGACAUGCCGCACACGUUUAAAGCAUCUUAAAACAGAUCAGAUACUUUAACAAACACAAAGCAGAAGCACAAUCUGAGUGAUUGUCUCUAGAUGAAAUAAUCGCCCUCUUAGCAUUGUCUGUAUAUUCCUACACUGAUUUAUUUUUCCUUUUUGCUUACACUGUUGAUUUAUAACCAACAAAGAACAAGUUAGAAAAUUAAAGCACAAAGUCUGAGGACUAUUACAGAGGGGAAAAAACAUCAACUGGUUUUUGUCUCAGGAUUCAAUAUGAGUCUAGAUGGAGAGAUCGUGUCAGACAUGUGAUGAAGACUUCAGUUCAAUCGCAGUUAUUGUCGUGGAUGAAGAACUUUUCCUUUUUGUUGGCUAUUUGUUGUAAUAUCCAAACUGAAUGAGUGGAACCUUGUGUCGGUUCAUUAUUUAUGUUGAAUUUUAUUGAACAACUAUGCUAAAUGUGUGGAUAUUGCUGUAAAAUACUUUGCUAACGUGAAUAUUAGUGACCAAUAUUGUUGAAUCUUGGGAUCCCUGACACAUUACACUUUGUAUAUUAGCAUAUACAGCAUUUAAGGUACUUCACAGAUCUUUCAUGUUUUUCAAUUUCUUUCCAAUUUUGUUUUGCCUGAAGGCAUGUAAAUAAUAUGUAAGUAUUCAAUUUUAGUAAAAGGCAGAAAAACUCUGGUUAUAGCCUUUAAUUUCAGGUCAUAUCAGUUCCAGUCACUUCGAGGACAGCGUUUUCACAUUUUUGAAGAUUUCUUCAAACAGGGAUUCUAAUGAAAUGCUUAAAAUGUUACAAAAAAAAAUCUGGGUAAAAAUAUAUGUAUUUAUUAUUAUGACUGAUUGACUUUCUUAUAUGAUACUAUAUUGAUUGAUAUUAUUGCUGUUAUUAUGAAGUAGUUGUCUGACAUUAACUUUUCCAUUUUUAUUUCUGUAAGUUCUCAUAAAAGAACAGUACAAGGAUCACCGUUAUGGCCUUUGAGUUUGCUGCAAACAGUACUAAUGACAUGUUUAGGCAUUGGUGAAUCAAACAUCCCCUCACUGUAUAUAAUCACUGUAUCAAAGACAUUGAACCACAUUGCCAAUGCUCAUACAUGUUAUUUUGUUAGUUCAGUAUGAUGCUAUAAAUAACUCAUUUUGUACAAAGAUUUAAAUUGCUGUAAUUAAUUUGCUUUUUAUGGGGGAUGUGUGAGGUUUGCUUUUUUUCACAGUAUUGAAUAUUCAUUUUUCAACUAUGCCACUGUAAAAUGAAAAAAAAAAAAAGAUGCGAAAAAAGAGAGAUGAAGUGCGGAUUAAAAAAUGAACAACUUGAAA